AUGAUACAAGAGGAUGCCAGAAGUGCUCUGUUUUCUGAAUCUGUGUCACUUGGGAUUGAACCUUCAAACUCUAAAUGGCAGCCCGAGACCCUUGACCACACAACCCCCAUCUCCAUGUUUCAGCGAGACAUGGUUGAUCGUGUGGAGGCCUCUGUGGUUUUAUCAGGUGUGGUGGAGAACCUCCAGAAACCAGUGGUAGCGUUUGCACGUCUACGGGAUUCAGUGGUGAUGGAAGGGGUUCUGGAAGCUCCAAUUCCAGUCCGUUUUGUCUUCUUCCUCGUGGGCCCCAGUUACAGUGGCAUGGAUUAUCAUGAGAGUGGCCGGGCUAUGGCGUCGCUGAUGACUGACUGGGUUUUCACUCUGGAGGCUUACUUAGCUACAAACGAGAAGGAUCUGACCAAUGCCAUGGCAGACUUCAUGGACUGCAGCAUUGUGAUCCCACCCACAGAAAUCCAGGAUGAGAGCAUGCUGAAGCAAAUCAUUAACUUUCAGAAGAAGAUGCUACGUGAGAGAGUCCGCCCAUAUGACACCCGACUCAUGGGCAAAGCCCCAACUGGACCUGAGAAGCCACGGGACGAUCCACUGGCUCGCACCGGCUAUCCGUUUGGCGGUAUGGUCAAAGACAUAAAACGCCGCUACAAGCAUUACCUUAGUGACUUUACCGAUGCACUUGACCCUCAGGUGCUGUCUGCUGUCAUCUUCAUCUACUUCGCUGCCCUUUCGCCUGCCAUUACAUUCGGAGGACUUCUUGUCAAGUACGGCAGUAAAAAAAAAAUCUCUUUACAGAAUAAACUGGUGGUGCCAAAGGGGCUGACCGUGUCCAACACAUCUGCUAGAGGCUGGAUCAUCAGCCCAUUUGGUGAGAAGAAGCCAUUCCCUGUCUGGAUGAUGUUUGCCUGUGCUAUUCCUGCCUUGUUGGUCUUCAUCCUUAUUUUCCUUGAGUCCCAGAUCACUACGCUGAUCGUGAGUAAGCCUGAGAGAAAAAUGGUCAAGGGCUCUGGUUUCCAUCUGGACCUCCUCCUUUUGGUGUUCUUGGGAGGAGCUGCCUCUAUCUUUGGUGCCCCCUGGCUCAGUGCUGCUACAGUGAGAUCUGUCACACAUGCCAACGCCCUGACUGUCAUGACCAAAGGCCCCAGACCUCAGAUUGAACGUGUGAUAGAACAAAGAGUCAGUGGUAUUUUGGUGGCCGUGAUGGUUGGGGUCUCAAUUCUCAUGGAGCCCAUCCUGAAGAUGAUACCUAUGACAGCUCUGUUUGGGAUCUUUCUCUAUAUGGGCAUCACUUCACUGAGUGGCAUCCAGCUUUGGGACCGUAUGCUUCUGCUUAUUACACCGAAAAAGCAUCACCCUCCUGUUCCAUUUGUCACCCGGGUGCCCACUAUGCAUAUGCACUUGUACACUGUGAUCCAGGUGAUGUGUUUGGUGAUUCUGUGGGCAAUAAAAUCUAGUGCAUUUUCACUUGCUCUGCCCUUUGUCCUGAUCCUCACGAUCCCUCUGAGAAUGUGCAUGACCGGUCACGUCUUCACUAUCAUGGAAAUGAAAUGUCUGGAUGCAGAUGAUGCAAACGUGAAAUUUGAUGAUGAGGAUGACUAAAAUAACCCUAAAAAACCCCUGGACGUCUUUCUUGAUUC